AUGGCCCAGAUACUGAAUUCAUUGGGAAGACUCACGGGGCCUUUGGUAGCCGGUGCCUUAGUAGCCCAGGCUUCGAUCUACGACGUUCCUGGAGGAAACAGGGCUGUACUUUUCGAUCGUUUCACUGGAGUUAAAGAUAAGGCCGUCAAUGAGGGAACCCAUUUUUUAAUUCCUUGGGUUCAGCGUGCUAUCCUCUACGAUGUCCGAAUCAAGCCUCGUAACAUUGCCACAACUACAGGUUCAAAGGAUCUACAAACUGUCAGCCUGACGUUACGUGUGAUGAGUCGGCCAGAUGUAUCAAAAUUAUCACAGAUUUACCAAAAUCUGGGUCAAGAUUACGACGAGAGGGUGCUGCCAUCGAUCGGGAAUGAAGUCUUAAAAGCGAUCGUGGCUCAAUUCGACGCGGCCGAGCUCAUUACUCAGCGAGAAAUUGUCUCAGGUCGAAUUAGGGAAGAUUUACUGAAGCGGGCCUCGGACUUCAAUAUCGUACUCGAGGAUGUAUCGAUCACUCACAUGACUUUUGGCAAAGAGUUUACACACGCAGUCGAGGCCAAACAGAUUGCACAACAAGAAGCUGAACGAGCUAAAUUCAUUGUCGAACGUUCCGAGCAAGAACGACAGGCUAGCGUCAUCAGGGCCGAAGGAGAAGCCGAAGCAGCUGCAACUAUAUCCAAAGCCUUAGACCGAGCCGGUGAAGGCCUCGUCCAAUUCCGAAAGAUUGAGGCUGCGAAAGAAAUAGCUACCACCUUGAGUAAAGGCCAAGGAGUACAGUACAUCCCAUCGGGAGGGAACAACGGCAGUGGGAUUUUACUCAAUAUUGAUACCCACAAAUAA